AUGUCAGUAGAUGUUGAGACUUAUGCAUCGAAGCUUAAUGAUUAUGUCUGGCAUGUAUUCAAUGAUCGAGGUUUAUAUAAACCAAAAGAAGAAGUGCAUGUAAAAGGUUAUGUUCGAUUACUGAAAGUAAAAGGCGAAGCAAAAUUACCAGCUUAUGCUUAUGGUACAAUUGAUUAUAAAAUUUAUGAUCUUCAUGGUCAACAACUUCAACAGUCAAAAGUUGAAUUGAAUAAUUAUGGUGCAUUUGAUAUAAAAUUUACAUUACCUGACAAUGUUAACUUAGAUAGAGUUGUAUGUGAUGGAUACGUAACGCUUAGUUUACCAGAUUCACAAAGUAGCACAAUGCAUUAUUUUAAAGUUCAAGAGUUCAGAAAACCAGAAUAUGAAGUUUCAUCAAUGCUUCGACCAACAAUAGCACGUUAUUGUUAUCCAAUCGUUGAUGAAUAUGUCAUAGCUACUUGUCAAGGGAAAUUAUUUGCUGGUAGUUAUUUAAAUGAUGCAAAUGUUCAAUGA